AUGUCACUAUAAGUAUAUAUGCGGCUACGGGGGAAGAAUUCCUGCCUCCAUUGUUACGUUGUAACAACCGCCGGGGCCGGGGACGUGACGGGGAGCGACGUGUGUCUCCUCGACGUUCUGCAACUAACUGUUCUCGUUCGGGACGGCAGCGCUCCCCCUUCCCCCGGAAACGUUCGCGGCGAAAGCCAAGAAGAAGACGACGACGAAGAAGAAGAAGAAGAAGGAGACGAAGAAGACGGGCGAAGUUAGCCGAGCCGAGCCGAGUGCAGAGAACCCGCCCCGGUGAGAGGAACAAGGGGGAUAAACGAACACAGAUGUCAGCGGACUCUCGUCCCGUUGCCCAGGAAGAACAAAAAAAAAGAGACAUUUCCGGCUUUGAGAAUUAUUAUUCACAUCGCGCAGAACAUGUUGGGGGAAUAAAUCGCAGCUGAUCAUAUGACGCGUCCCCUCUCUCUCUCUCUCUCUCUCUCUCUCUCUCUCUGUCUCUCUCUCUCUCUCUCUCUCUCUCUCUCUGUCUCUCUGUCUCCUGCCCUUUAAAUAGACAGGCCAUGCCACAUCUCAAUGAAAGCGACCGGUGCUGCUGCAGACGAGCCCCCGGCUUCUGCCUCAUCUCCUCGGUGUGCACAUCGACGAGCAGCGGAGCCCGCGUCGCCUCCACAUAGUCCGAGCCAAGUUUGACAACCAGUCCUCCAGUCGGGUCACUUCGGCCCAGCUCGGGCUGCUCGGGCCGGAUCCUCCGGAGAGAGGAGGAGGAGGAGGAGAGGGGGGGUUGGCACAAAGAGGAGAGGAGAAGAAGAAGAAGAAGAAGAAGAAAAGAACCCCUCUCACCGGCUCGUUGAGAGAUUGAUGUGCUGCUCUCAUUGGACAAGAGAAGCGACCGACUGCUGCUGCGAGCUGGUGGGAAACAAGGGUCCGUGUCUCUGCCCCAGACACCGAGUUUCCAUGGAGGCAGCUUCGUCCCUCGGCCUCAAACGACGAUAUGAAGAGGUGGACCACGGCUCUCCCUUCUCCACGCCGAAGGACUCGGACGAUGACAUCUCCAGCAGCGACAGCGCCGACAGCUGCGACAGCCUCAACCCUCCCUCCAGCACCGCAUUCACCCCUACCUCCAUCCUCAGACAGCACAAGCCGUCGCCGGGGGGCAAGCGGGUGCGCUUCGAUGUGGUGACGGUGUAUUACUUCCCCCGGCGGCAGGGCUUCACCAGCGUGCCCAGCCAAGGGGGCAGCUCGCUGGGCAUGGCGCGUCACCACUCGUCCAUCAGACGCUACACGCUGGGCGAGUUCGCGCGCGAGCAGGAAACCAGCCACAGGCACACUCUGCGGCAGCACCUGCGCCAGGAGAAGCUCAACGCGCGGAAGAUGAAGCUGACGAGGAACGGCACGGUGGAGUGCGCCCAGGCCGACCUGCUGACGCUGGACGACGUGUCGGACGAGGACCUGGACGUGGACGGCGUGGAGGUGGACGACUGCUUCUUCCUCCAACCGCUGCCCACCAAGCGGCGGCGGGCCCUGCUGCGCGCGUCCGGCAUCGCCCGCAUCGACGCGCGGGAGAAGGCCGAGCUCAGGACCAUCCGCCUGUCGCGGGAGGAGUGCGGCUGCGACUGCCGCCUGUACUGCGACCCCCGGCACUGCGGCUGCAGCCAGGCGGGAAUCAAGUGCCAGGUGGACCGAAUGUCCUUCCCGUGCGGCUGCUCUCGGGACGGCUGCGGCAACGGAGCGGGUCGCAUCGAGUUCAACCCGCUCCGCGUGCGAACCCACUACCUGCACACCAUCAUGAAGCUGGACCUGGAGAAGAGGAGGAUGCUCAUCCAGGGCGCCGGGGACCAGUACGCCGAGACCGACCCGAUAUCCUCCCCCACGUCCACUUGCCCCACCUCCCCGGACCUGUCCUCCGGCGCCGGCCUGGACUCGGAGCUCGAGGAGAGCGAGGUGCAGGCGGCGGCGGAGGUUCAGCACCUCCUGGCGGAGGAGGACAUCCUGGAGCGAGAGAACGAGACGGCGGUGUUGCACCUGCAGAGCGCCGAGGAGCAGGAGAGGAGGGAGAGGGAGGAGGGUGCCGGAGGAGGCCUCGCGGAGCAGCCGCUCUGCCUGCUGCCUGGUCCUCUCGGAGGGGAGCUGCCCGAGCAGGCCGAGGUGCCGGGCGUGGAGCAGGUCCUCCUGCAGGGGCCGUUCCCCACCGGGGCCACGGUGCUGUGCAUCACCGACAACCAGGAGGAGAGCCCGUCCGACCUCCUCAGAGACUCCACCUCUCUGCUCUACUACCAACUCAGUCCCAUCGAGCCCGGGGCCUUCGAGGCGCUGCCCCGGGCUGAGGAGGCCGAGCGGGCGGAGCGCCUGGUGCGAGAACAACAUGCGGGAGGAGGCGGCGAGUGUGUGAAGGGGAAACGAGGAGGCGGAGAGGAAUCAAAGGACGACGCGCCUGAGAAAAUCGCCCGCAGGCCGAGUGUGGACAAGUCUUUGAGCAACGGGAUUGUGUGCCACGAGGAACGUGCGUCGCUGGAGGAGGAGGAGGAGGAGGAGGAGGAGGAGAAGCCCUCCACCCGUCAGCGCCGAGCGGGCGAGGAGCCCUGCUCCGAGGGAGACGUGAAUCCGCCGCCUCCUCCCGAAGUUUAACUCCGGUUUCUCUGCAGAUAUUUUGCACAAUAGCUUCAUCAAAGAUGAAUAAAUUACCCCGUUUCACACACACACACACACACACACACACUUACACACACACACUUACACACAUAUAUUACUGCUAUCAUUCGAGAGUGAUUACAGGUCGCAAUCACCUGCAUUGACUUGACACUAAGAAAAAAGGACGAGCUUGAGUAUUAUAAUACAUGAGUUUUGGGGGGGGGGUGCUGAAAGCACGCACACACACAGAUCACUCCUCAGUAGUAAUACGGAUGCAGUUACAAGGCGACGUUGUACGAAAUUCAGUCGGGGGUGUUGAUGAAUGCGGCCUUAAUGGAAAAACAUUUUGUCGACAGCGAGUUGUGCUGCUCCGUUCAUUUCCAACACAGCCGACACAAGUGUGUGAACGCCGACAUAAGCCUUUUUGUUCCAGUUGGUGUACGAAUCCGUCGACACUAACACAAAUCCCUUGGUGUUGAUGUACAGUAGAGAUGCUCACCGGCUUCGUUUCCGUUACCGUCGCCGUUGCUGUCGUCAAAGCCAAACGGAAGGCCUCCGGUUAGUAUCCUCUCCGCUGAAAAAUAGACCUAAUAAUCCUGGAAAAUACUUGUUAUUAUGUGUACUGUAUACGCGUGCAAGGCGGAGCCGAGUUUGCUGCUUUAAAAAAACAAACAACGCACGUAAAAAGUACGUGAACUGAGCGGCGGCGAGCGUUGGCGGCUCUGCGAUGCGCUGAGACGUGAAGGUAAAGUAGCGACGAGCACUGGCCCAAAGCGUUGCUCGUGCAAAUGCAGUUGAUUCGCUUAAAAAAAAAAUUAAAAACCUAGUUUACCUGUAGUUGCAAUGCCUAUGAUAUUAUUUCUCUUGGGUAAUGUCUGUUUUGUGAAUUAGAUAACGUUGGUCUCGCAGUCUUUGUUCGUUUAUUUCAGAGCAAAAGGAAAUGUUACUUCUGUCACGACGAUGCUGCCGUCGUGUCACGAGAAGAACGCCAGAGAUGAUUCUGAAUCAAAGUGAAAUGUCAUAUGAAGAAAUCAGCAUUUAAAGAGUCAAAGAAAAAGAAAAGAAAACAACAGCCUGCGCUAUAGUUGAAAAAAAAAAAAGUAGUUAUAUGAAAUGAUGUGAUGUUAAUAAUUUAUCGAGAAGAGAUUGACAACAACCUGGAUUUUUGUAUAUUUUAUGUUGGAUGUGUGUGUGUGUGUGUGUGUGUGUGUGUGCCUACUUCACAUUUGUACGUCUACGUGAGAGAAUGUGUGUGUGUGAGAAUGCGCAUUUUAUUCCGGAAAGGUGCUGAUGUUACAGAUUUACACUUCACUUGCUUUUCCUUCCUCCCAUCGUGAGAAAUCUGACUUCGUGGGGGGGGGGGGGGCUCUCGUAGGAAACGCAAUAGCUGCUGCACUGCAAAAUCAUUCACGUGGCGAUUACGAAGCGAGAUGAGGUUGAUGUUUUUGUGUCACCGAGUAUGUAAAUGCAAUCGUAUAUAUAACAUAUCUGGUCUUUUUUUUUUUUGUUGUUGACCUGCGUAAGUGUGCCGACUUCUUCUUACACGAAACCGGUCCUUUGUGUCGUUGCCUAGCGCCCGACACGGGAUGUGCUGCCGCGUACGAGAUGUCUGAUGUGUUUCUUUGCCUUUUUUAAAUUUUCUUAUUUUUUUAUUUAACUGUCUUAAUAUAAACCUGCUUCAGAGUUGCACCAAAGCAGUGGUUUCAAGCCUAAUUUAAAAAAAAAAAAAGAAGAUGCUUUCAUCCAUCGGAUCCUGUAGUUACCGCGGAGGCCGUGGAUUUAUUGUGGCCCCUUUGUGUUUCGCCGUGACGUUGCCUUUUGCCAAUAGCAGCGUCUCCGAAGUGACGCUGAUUUAGAAGCUGCGUCUUGUUGAGCUCUUUGUCCUCGGCUUUCUACUAAUAGUCUUAGGUUUGGAACCACUGCACCCAACUUAACUCCACGUUCACCACGUGAUUGUGUGUGUGUGUUCCUCCGCACGAAUGAGGUGUGUGUGUGUGUGUGUGUGUGUGUGUGUGUGACUGUCUGAAAGACUGACGCGUCUCGACCGCAGCUGAAAAAAGCUGUGAGCACGACUCUCAUGCUAACUGUUGCCUAAAAGUGGACACAAAAGUUUUUUUUAUACAAAAAUAAAACAAUAAAACACUAAUUUUAAAAAGGA